CGGGCUGCGGUAGUCUAGUCGAGAUGCGCCCCAUACUCGGCCUCCUUUUGAUCUUCAUCGGCUGCACCUUCGCCCUGUAUUUGCUGUCGACGCUCCUGCCCCGUGGGCCGAGACUGGGUUCCACCGAGGAGACAGGUGGCAGGUCACUGUGGUUCCCGUCAGAUCUGGCAGAGCUGCGGGAGCUCUCUGAGGUCCUUCGAGAGUAUCGGAAGGAGCACCAAGCCUAUGUGUUCCUGCUCUUCUGCAGCGCCUACCUCUACAAACAGGGCUUUGCUAUUCCUGGCUCCAGCUUCCUGAACGUUUUAGCCGGUGCCUUGUUUGGGCCAUGGCUGGGGCUUCUGCUGUGCUGUAUAUUGACUUCGGUUGGCGCUACGGGCUGUUACCUGCUCUCCAGUAUUUUUGGAAAACAGCUGGUGGUCUCCUAUUUUCCUGAUAAAGUGGCCCUGCUGCAGAAGAAGGUGGAGGAGAACAGAAGCAGCUUGUUUUUCUUCUUACUGUUUUUGAGACUUUUCCCCAUGACACCAAACUGGUUCUUGAAUCUUUCGGCCCCGAUUCUGAACAUCCCCAUUGUGCAGUUCUUCUUCUCCGUCCUCAUUGGUUUGAUCCCCUACAAUUUCAUCUGUGUGCAGACAGGCUCCAUCCUGUCCACUCUUACCUCUCUGGAUGCUCUGUUCUCCUGGAAAACUGUCCUUAAGCUGUUGGCCAUUGCCCUUGUGGCCUUAGUUCCUGGGACCCUCAUUAGGAAAUUUAGCCAGAAACACCUUCAUUUGAAUGAAACAGUCACCGCUAAUCAUCUAAACAGUAAAAAAGGCACGUGAUCUGGACUUUUCUUGCUGUCACACCCACGGACUCUUGCUUAUUUAUGAACUGGCGUGUUCCUUAAAGCCCCUCACUGGUUCUUAAUUACCCUAAAGAGGUGAGUUAGACACUCUUCAACUGUGGUCAUUGUCUUUUCAUAAAAGACACACUGUUCUAGAAGGUGAAUUAGAUUAGACUU